CAGUAGCGGUGGAGAAGGUCUUCACUUCCAUGCCCGUGUCGGUUUUGCCCCUCUCUCCUCUCUCUCCUCUUUCUUUUCUCGUCUCUCGCGUCUUCCUUCCUCCGCUCGACUCUUCUCGCUUCUCUCAGCCUCCACCUCGCUGAAAUCCUCGGCCAAUCAGAUCCAAUGGAGGCCGUUGUACGCUGAAGCCCCGACGGAGAUACCGAUUGCGGUUGCCUUGCUUCGUCCUCUGAUCGCCUUGAUCUAACGACGGAAUAGGAGUAGGGGAGUCGUCCUUGUGAUGGUCGCCACGCCGGACGAGGUGGGAUGGGCAUAGCUCCCCGAUAAAAGCCUAUAAUAGCUUUACGAUCUCUAGAAGACCGUCUCUGACCUGGAAGCAUGUAAAGUUUUCCUCUUUACUGUUUAAAUUUGUGAUUUAAUGCUGGCGAGGGGUGUUCGAUCCUAUCCCUUUUGGGGAUUUAGACGUUCCGUCGUGGUCAGUAGAUAUGAGGGUGGAAUCUGGGACAUGCAAUGUUUGCUCUGCUCCUUGCUCUUCCUGUAUGCAUCGGAUGGCAGUAGCAGGGGAGCCAAAUGUUGAUUGUGGAUCCUCUGAUAAUAAAUAUGUCAGGAAAGAAAUAGAUAGUUUUUCUUUCAUUGACAUCAAGCUUAGACCGCAUGAUGACUUGCAGACUGCAGCUAGUGAAACAAGCAACUUGUUGAGCGGAAGUUCAAGCAAUGAUUCAUAUUCUGAAAAUGCAGAAAGUAAAACAACAAUAAGGAAUCCUUCAACAUAUGAUUCUUCUGAAGAUGUUGAUAUGCUCCCAGAGGCGUCAACUGUUGAAGAGGACAAAUUUCUUCAUAAAGAUAUUUCUGUUGAGGGUCAUGAAAUGCCAUGCAAUUAUACAGGGGCUGCUAUUCUGCAUAGUGAAUUGGAUGGAGGGUAUCGUAUGUCAAGAUGCCACAGAAAUAGUGAUUCAUCCAUGUCUGGAACUAGAGAUGGCAAUGAUGUAGGUUUAGAUCAUAGUUUGGAGCAAGCUAAGAGAGAUGCUUCUUGUAGCUCAUCUCAAACUUUUAAGUUUAACACCAAGGAAACUAAAAUGGCAAUUCAAGUUGAAGACACUUGUGAAUCUGAAGGUUAUGGUGUGGAAGGAGACCGAGUUAGCAGAAGGAUGCUGAACACUUACCACAGAGAAUUUCUUCACAAUAAAACUCUUAGUCCACUAAAUGUAGGCUUUUCUAGUUUGUCUGACAGCACACAGAAGAAUAGUCCAGUAAAGUUAAAUUCAACUUCCCCUUGUCAAAGUGAUCAUAUAUCCAGUCAUAGUGCUGAUGGCUGUAAUGAUUUGGAAGCAAAUCAACCAUCACAGUUUCAGGGAGCAUCUCAUGAGUGCAUACUAGUUAAGGAAGGAUCACCUUGCCAUAGGUUGCUUCCUGCUAGUUGCGAUCAUGGACAAAAGAUCCACUCAUUUCCUGACAUUGGAGCUGGUAAAGAAACAAACAUCAGAAUUAGCUCACCUUUGGGAGAGUUGAAGAAUGUGGACCCAUGCUUGGAAUCUGCUGCUGCCAUUGGCACAUGUGCGUCCAGUCUCCAUGAGUCUGGAAUGCAGCUUCAGUUAGUUCUUCCUGGUCAAACUUCUGAAUCAGAUAACAUAUUGUUUGAUGUAAAGGUAUGUGACAUAUGUGGAGAUGCUGGUCGGGAGGAGCUUCUUGCUACAUGUAGUAGAUGCAUUGAUGGUGCAGAACAUACUUACUGCAUGAAAAUUAUGCUGACUAAAGUUCCUGAGGGAGAUUGGCUAUGUGAAGAGUGUCAACUAAAGGAGGAAGUUGAAACAAGAGAUCUGAAGAGUGCUGAGAUGGUUUGUGGAGCAUCAAAUGAACAAUCCUUGAACAAGAAAAUUCAAAAUCUUGGGAGCUAUGCAAAUACUGAAAACUGUCCAAGGUUUUACUCCCAGUCAACUGAUACAGAAGCAAGCAAAUCUAGUAAAAGAGCAUGUACACCCAUUAAGGAAAUGCAGAUUCGAACUCCAAGAAAGAGGCACAUGCACCAUAUUGAUGUUGCAUCACCAACUAAAAAGAAGAUUACUGAACCAACGGAUGAACAUUCAAAAUUGGUCAGUCCUAGGAUAGCUGCAGUCUUCUCACGGGAAAAUCCAAUUAAAAACUUUAAUGUGGCAGAUGUAAAGAGGAUGGGCAUUUCUUCAUCUCUUGACUACCAGUCUGCAAAUAAUGCCCGAAAUUUAUCUCGGUCACCUGCAUUGGAUUCUCGUGAAAAUUCAUUUAAAAGCUUUCAUAUUACUGAAUUAAAGCGAGCCAGCAGUGCUUCAUUUUCCGAAGGUUUGGUUACAAACAGUUCCCCAACCUUCACUCGUUCACAUACAUUAGAUUCUAAAUAUGUUCAAAGAGAACAUUCAAGUGUGGCUCUUUCAAGGCAAGUUUCUUUAAAGAAGAAUGUCGAACAAAAAGUAAAGAAAUUGUCUGAAGAUGUCCCCCAAAAGCUAACUAGAGAGUCUACCUCAGGAAACACAAAAAUGAUGACACUAGUGAAAACAUUCAACAAAUCUGCAUCAUUCAAGAGUGUGAGCUCAGACUAUCAUGAUGAUGAAUCAGCAACCAAAUCUCAGUCACUUAAAUCACCUCAAGCUGAAAAUCCCAAAGGCGUCAAACAAGUGAAAGAAAGAAUUGUUCCGGAGAGAGCAACUUCCACUGUUGUGGUUGUUGAUUCAGUUGUACCUUCAAUCAAAAGAAAGUAUAUUCCAAAGAUGGAUUUGAAGAUUGCACCACACAGCAGAGAUUCAACUAAUAAGCUUGAGACAGCAAGCCUCGGCAAUAGCAAAGGAUUUGCUAAAGAAAAUAGAUUAGUGCAUAAAGAACUGAAGAAGCAGCUAUCAUUUCAAAAUAAAAGCUCUGUUAGUGUUGAUACUGGAAAUAGAAACAUUGUUGAAUCUCAGAAAAGUGAAGAUAUUCAUGUCAAUUCCACAUCAGUCAGUAUAUUUUCAAAGGAUGCUGGUGGAGUUGCAACAUGCAGCGAGUCACUCUCUUCAGAUUCUCACCCGGUUUCAUUGAAUGAAAAAACCAAAGAUAGUUAUAGCAAGUCAAGACUUGCCACGUCAGGAGUUAUUCAUGAAUCAGAUCAUGCCAAACUAAGAGAAGCAAACCAUUCUGCAGAUUCUUGCCAAAAGGCCAGGCUUCCUUCGUCUUCUGCAAAGCUAUCUGCUGACGUGAGUUCAAAAGAUGGGACAAACAAAAGGAAUAAGUGGAGAGAUGCAAUCAAAGCUACAAUGUGUAGAACAAUUGAUAUCUCCGAGUCUAGAUUGUGUAGCACAACCAAUGCUAUUGUGUCUAACCAAAUUGGAUCUCAGAAGCCUCCUGCUGACGUGAGUUUGGAAGAUGGGACAAGAAAGAGGAUUAAGUUGAUGGAUGCACCCAAAAUUGCAACGCAUAGCUCAAAGAAGAUUAGAAAAGUUGAUAAAUGUGACUUUAGAUUGUUGAGCAACAAUGAAGUUUGUGAAGGAUCUUUCAGAUGCUCUUUUCCAAUUAUAUCACAGAAAAAUCUUCCCAUAGAAGAUGCACAUAUAGUAAAAAGGGCAUUGGAUAAUAAUGACACUGUUAAUAGCAGAACAAACAGCAUAGACAAUCAAAGCAAACACUUGAUGGAAUCAUCAUCUCUUCAUGUAGGGGACCUGAAUGGCAAUCUUGCUGCUUUAGAUGAAACAAAUGAGAAUAACUUGACUCAAAUUUUGCCAAAUGAUUCGUCUCUGCAGACUACUAUUGUUAGAUCUCUUGCCAUGCCAGAGCAUGAUUUUAUAUGGUGGGGUGGCUUUGAGAUAAUAAGAAUCGGAAGACUUCCUGAAGUUGUUGACGGAAUUCAAGCUCAUUUGUCAAAUUUUGCAUCACCCAAAGUGCAUGAAGUAUCAUGCCAAUUUCCUAGCAAAAUUCAGUUGGAGGAAGUUCCUCGGGUUAGCUUGUGGCCAUCACAGUUUCAGGAGACUGGUCCUGAAGAAAAUAACAUUGCGCUAUAUUUCUUUGCUAAAGAUUCUAAGAGUUAUGAGAAAUCUUAUCUGAAGCUAUUAGAAACUGCAUUGAAAAGUGAUCUAGCCUUCAAAGGGAGCAUCAAUGAAUUAGAGAUUCUUAUUUUUCCUUCAAGUAUUCUACCUGAAAGUUCACAGCGUUGGAACACAUUGUUUUUCCUUUGGGGGGUCUUCAGAGUAAGGGAACUGGACUCUUCAAAACCUCACACGGAUUUGCAUGAUAAUCCUUAUGAAUCAAAAAUGCCUAGUAAAUCCCAUGUUCAAGAUAUAUCUUCUCAUGCAUGCGAAGAAUCCACCUUGCUGAAAAAUGAUUCUCAACAGAACCUACUGAAAGAACUCAAUAGUAUUGAUGAAUCCUGUGCCGAUAAAAAAGUAGAGUUUGAUUCUGUUGUGGAUUUUCAUGGUACUUCAUCUGCUAGCCUCGAUAAUGAUAACCACGAGACCAAAGAUUUUUCCAUUAAAACUUCGUUAUGCAAGGCAGCUGCUGAGACAGAGAGCAAGGAACUGCCAGAUGAAUUCCCAUGCUACAGAACUGAACUGGGACACACUAAUAAUGAGGUUGAUGACGGAAAAAUUACUCACAUUCAUGCAACUAGUGAACAACAGAAGCUUACUAGAUUUUUAUCUGGAAAUUCAGUUCCUUCUGGCUUUGGACAAGAGGGCAAUGCGAGUCGAGAGAUGAUGAUGGAGGAAAAGAACUCGGUGAAAACUGAACCUCUGCCAGAGGAAAAAAUAAAAGAAGUUGAUUCCCUGAACUGGGACUCAAAGCCUUACUUGAAACAUACCCACCCUUGGUCAGUAAGACUACAUGGUGAAAGAUUAGAGAGUAUCAAAGCUAAUGAAUGGCAGGAUGAAAAAGGUGUCCCUAUGGAAGAGGAACCGAAACACAAGCGAAUACAAUAUGACGAGGAAAGCCAUACUUCUGCCAGUUAUGGAGAAGAUCAAAACAUGGGAUACAGAUUGCCAUCUAAUGUACAACCAUCUCUAACAAGCUACUUCGAAGAAAAGCAGAAUGGCGGCAGUGUCAACUACAGCCAUGCAAUGACUGAGAGCUCACACUGUAUCGAAAGGUGCUUCUUUCCCCUAGACUUCUGCUCCGAUAGGAGAGAGAUGGAGAACUUCAGAUACUUCCUUCCUCCAGUUGAUGAAGAUACACCAGAGUCAAAUGCUCCAGAUCUUGAAUUAGCUUUGGGCGGCAAGAAGCCCUUUCCCAAGAAGGAAACAUUUCAGCCCUUUUAUCCAUUGGUUUACGACGGCAGACUUGACAAACUGUCUGAUUCUACGGUGACCAACCAUGACGAUGACGAUAUAUCUGAAUCCCUCUCCUUGUCUCUUGCCUUAACUGGCAUGGAGAGAAAGAGAGCACCCGUUAAGAGACAAGAUCCACCGGGUGUAAGCACUUCGCUGAUUCUCUUUGGUGGCUUCAGUGGCACUUAAAGAGAGGAGAGUCCAUCCCAUCAUGCAUGGAUGCCUUGUACAUUAUAGCCUAAAGAUAUUUAAGAUCAAAGCGUAGGGUAGCUUCGAAAACUUAAGCUAUGUGUUCAUAACCACCCACAAAUACUUGUCUCGACUUUCUUUUGAGUUUUUCUUUGUAUCUUUUUUAGUUGUCGGUUUCAAGAGUAAAGGCUACGGCUCUUUGUAUAUA